GUCUGGACUUUCGGGAAGCAAAAACAGAACAAAAGCUGUGCAGUACUGUUACUUCCCAUCUGGACGUCACACCUGAAUGCUUAACUGACCAACAAAGCUUUGACAGGAAAACAGUGAACACACAUCAAAAAUCAAUAUUAGCACAUGCUGUGCUUCAUCCAACUGGGAAUCUGCAAAUGCCUUGUUCUUUAUCGCAUUGAGUGGUGAAUUUCUAAGGCCAAGCCAAAAACAUUUGGAAUGAAGAAGUGAAGCAGACUUUUCCUCCCUUGAUGUGGAUCAUGUUAACAUUCUAGUUAACCCUCAAUAUCAACAAGACUGGACUGCCCAGGCUUUGGAGCUGAGCGCAAAUUAAAUGAACCCUGGUUUAGCUUAAAAUGAGUACAGAGUGAGACAACCCUGUGUAUCACCAUUAUCUUUCAGUGCAGAUUUUACCCACAGAGAGUUAUUGAAACAGGAGGAGACCAUGAAAGCAGCAAUUGAUAGGAAGUCAGGGUCUGAGGUGUUGUGCUCGGCCUGGCUUGAGUGGAGAUAAGAGCUUGGGCGAGAGAGAAAACAGAGUUUGAUGAGACAAGCAGAAUACAAAUCAGUGUCUACUGUCCCUCAGUCAGACUGCCGAAUCAAACCAAUAUUAGUGUGUCUGCUGAAAUGGACAGUGAUUCAGCAACUAUAAUGGCUUUAUUGGUUAUGCAUUGAAAUGGUACGAGCAUAAUCAAAAGCUCUAAUAUGAAACUAAAUAGCAAUCACCUUUUUUGUAAAUCUCAAUUUUGGAGAUUUUGUCUCAGAACCCAGUGUGUCUCCAAGACUGAAAUUAUGGAUAAAGGAUCAAUCAGGUCCCAUGGAUACGUGUGACAACCAACAGUGACACCCAUCAAUGCAGCCCUCGCACCAUGCCGAGAAGACAAAGGAAACCAUAGGCCCUGAUUUGAUUGUGGUCAUGUGGCACAUCUAGACUUUGAACAAAGGAUUAAAGGGGAAAGGCAAGAUGGAUCAGGAUAAUAUCUCCGUCACCAACGCCACAGAGGCACUAUGGGACAAAGCCACUCUCCUGGGGCUCCAGAUCUUCCUGUCAGCCAUCCUGGCAAUCGUCACCCUGGCCACCGUGCUGUCCAAUGCCUUUGUCAUCGCCACCAUAUUCCUGACUCGGAAGCUACACACGCCAGCCAACUUUCUGAUUGGCUCGCUGGCUGUGACAGACCUGCUGGUGUCCAUCCUGGUCAUGCCUAUCAGCAUCUUGUACACAGUGAGUAAGACCUGGGCCCUGGGGCAGAUUGUCUGCGACAUCUGGCUGUCAUCGGACAUCACCUUCUGCACUGCCUCCAUCUUGCACCUGUGCGUCAUCGCGCUGGACCGCUACUGGGCCAUCACUGACGCCCUGGAGUACUCCAAGCGCCGGACAAUGCGUCGAGCGGGCCUGAUGAUAACGGUGGUAUGGGUGAUCUCCAUCUCCAUCUCCAUGCCACCGCUCUUCUGGAGGCAAGCCAAGGCCAACGAGGAGGUGAUGGAGUGCAUGGUGAACACGGAUCAGAUCUCCUACACGCUCUACUCCACCUUCGGGGCGUUCUAUGUUCCCACUGUGUUGCUGAUCAUCCUCUAUGGCCGGAUCUACGUGGCAGCCCGCUCACGCAUCUUUAAGACACCAGUGUCGUGCGGUAAGCGUUUCACCACGGCCCAGCUCAUCCAGACGUCGGCUGGCUCCUCCAUUUGCUCCAUCAACUCCACCUCCAACCAAGAGGGCCAACUGCACCACGGAGGGGGAGGCAACACGGGAGGAGUGGCAGUAAACGGAGGUGGAGGAAGCAGUGGUGGGUCGCCUCUCUUCAAUAACUGCGUGACGGUGAAGCUGGCUGACAGUGUGCUGGAGAGGAAACGUCUGUGCACCGCCCGGGAGAAGAAAGCCACCAAGACGCUAGGCAUCAUCCUGGGAGCCUUCAUCAUGUGUUGGCUACCCUUUUUCGUGGUCACCCUGGUACUGGCCAUCUGCAAAGAAUGCUGGUUCCACCCAGUGCUCUUUGACGUAUUCACCUGGCUUGGCUACCUAAACUCGCUCAUCAAUCCCGUUAUCUACACUGCCUUCAAUGACGAGUUCAAACAGGCCUUCCACAAACUCAUCAAGUUCAACAGAUGCUACUAAAGGAAUGCGAGUAUUGUACAUACAAAUGAUAUCAUAACCCAGAGUUUCACAAACGUGGGGUCUCCUGAUUUGAACAUGGGAUUGCGAGAGAAACUCUGAAGAAAAAAAUAAAUAAAUAAUUGUGCUUGGUUCAUAAAACAGGGGUUACGUCAGUUGUAAUUAAUGUGGUUCUAAUUUUUUAAUGUGGUUCUAUUUUUUUUUGGGGGGGGGGGUAUAAACUACAAAAUAUUAUGAUCCCGUCACUGAAAGAUAAGACUCAGGAACAUGUAUGCGUCUUCAGUUUCCCUCUACAAUGCCCACAAGCCUCAUUAGAACAGAGUGGACAAGACCAGGUACUAAGUCAGACUGUGGAGAAAAGGACAUCAUUCGCUAGUUUUCCAUCCAAUUCGUAAACAGAUUUUCAUGCGAAUAUUCUCAAAUCUGCCUAAAACAAUAUGCGCCAUCAAACUGAAUUGUUGAGGAUAAACUGAUGUGCAUGAUGACGUUGUACACAUAAAAGUCACUUUUGCCGUUCAAUCCCCAUGUACCGAAUUAAAAGUACAAGUUAAAUGGGUUUCCAUCACAUUUUCAACUCAACUGAUAGUUUUGCGUUAUAUUGCAAAUGUGCCCUCUCUGGUCUUGGCACAUGCGCUGUAGCCAACAAUUCGCAGAUACAGUGCAGGUAGGCUACCUACAUUGAGAUUAUUAUGGAUAAGGGCGAGAUUAUUUGUACGAAUGAAUGACAUUUUAUUUUCAUGUGAAAUCGCCAAUUGGCAACCCAUCCCGUAUGUGAUUAAUUGACACAAACAAACAUUAUAAUAAUUCACUAUGGUAAUUAAAUGAGAAUUCUUAUUCUGGUGUUCUCUGCAUUGCGCAUCGCGAACAGAGUGAGAAAAAAAGUAAUGUAAAAAUCAAUACAUAAGUAGCCUAAAUGGUUAGAGCAUUGGACUAGUAACCGAAAGGUUGCAAGUUCGAAUCCCCGAGCUGACAAGGUACAAAUCUGUCGUUCUGCCCCUGAACGGGCAGUUAACCCACUGUUCCUAGGCCGUCAUUGAAAAUAAGAAUUUGUUCUUAACUGACUUGCCUAGUAAAAUAAAGGUAAAAUUAAAUGUCACCAGAAUAUGACUUUCAAUAUUUAUUGAAAAGGAGCAUCAAACUCAUCACCUUGCACAUUCACCUCCCUGUGAAGUUCAUCAUUUAUUUAAUCUUGUUUAAUAAACUGCAUGAUUUCCCCGAGUCAUAGUGGGCGGACCACACAACAUAGAGUGAUGAUGGUUAUUACAGUAUAUCAAUAGUUGUACAUAAAGGCGUUUCCACGUUCAUUUUUCUCAUAAUUAAUUUUACCCACACAAAAAUAUCCCAUCAUGUCUAAUGAACAAAUUGUCUGUCGGCAUUUAUACAAUUAUACAGGCAAUUCAUGUUUCCUUCUGCCUGUUUAGAUUUUUUUCAUGCAUCCGUUAAUUAAUCUGCAUGAAAUGGUUGGAUCAAAACAUGGUUAUUGAACUUCUUUUCUACAUAGAAGAUCAUACUAAACGGUUGCCUGAUGAUCUUCUGAACUUCCCAAGACCUUUCUGAUGCAUUUCAGUCACUUCAAACCAUACUUCCUUCAGCAUGAAAUACUGUCAAAAGUACUAUCAGACUUGAUUUGUAAUAACUGUCAUAUACCCAAUUAAAAAAGUAAACAUUAGCCAUUGAUUUCAUCACUUUGUUUUACAGGAUGGGGUCGCGGAAAGAUGUGGAUACUGAAAUGGGUCUCUCGCAAUUCUUAGUAAAUAGCGGUAUGGGAAUAUAGGGUUUAUUCAUAUAAACUCUGUACUGUGGCAUUUGUUCAUGUUGUAAAAACAUGCUCAUUGUGUUUGGUCUCUGUACAUUUGUUGUACAUUGGAACUUCAUUGACAUGCUUAUGAAGUGCCAUACAUCUUUCAGAUAUUUCCUUACUAGAAAUGUAUGCAUGCAUUAAAAAAAAAUUAAUAAAAUAUUCCAAGGACUAUGAAACUCAUUAUAAAUGAGGGUUUGGGUUGGGAUAUUACAGACCCCAAAGGAACAGACUUAUCAUACAUGUUUGAGACAAAUGAACGAGUCUCUAAAGAAUAAGAACUGGUCCUUCUUUGGAUGAAAGAGAUAAAGUAAUUAAUCCGUGGAUUAUAAUUGAGCAGUGGAUUAUAAGGCCCCAUUCCAUUGGACUGGGAAAGACAUGGUAAAUUGUUACAGAAGUGUCACAUACA